AUGGACUUGACGGAUAAAGAAUAUACACAGAAGAUAGCACGAAAAGAAUGGCGAAAGCUGAGGAAGAAACAACGUAAGAAAGCUGCAAGAGUUGAAGCAGCAAAACUAAGACAGAAAUUGAAUGAAGAAGAAGAGAAAGAAACCGAUGAAGAAGUAAAGCUGAGGAAAGCCGAGGAAACACAACACAAUUCGUUGAGAAUUCUGUGGGAGUACAGGGAGCGGCAGAUUGAGGAAGCUAACGCCCGGCGAAUGGAAGAAGAGAGAAGAAAGAAGAUUGUUCAGGAGAAUUGGGAGAAGGCGAUAAAAAGUAUAAAAGUGCAGCAGAAACCAAUAGCAGAGCAUGAUUCGAAGAAGAAUAACUUAGAUGAGCAACAUAACGUAACUCCGGACGAGACGGACUCUGCGCUUGCCACAGAAUAUGGCACUGACAAAGAUCCAAUCAACUGCUCAUUCUAUUUGAAGACUGGCGCUUGUCGAUAUGGCGAUUCAUGUGCUAGAAUGCACACAUAUCCAGAUAAAAGUGUUACCGUCUUAAUCAAGAAUAUGUAUCAGGGUAUGCCUGUUAAUCUGGCCGACGAAGAGAAUGAUGACAAUUUGGAGUAUGACGAGGUAGAAGCUGAGCGGCAUUUUGCAGAGUUUUUCGAAGACAUACAUGCUGAAUUACAAAAGUAUGGAAAAAUUGUACAAUUGAAGGUGUGUAAUAAUUUUGAGCCUCAUCUUAGAGGUAAUGUCUACGUUCAGUAUUCGAAAGAAAACUCUGCAGAAAAAGCAGUAAAUGAGAUACGAGGCAGAUGGUAUGCUGGGAAGCAGUUGAUCGCAGAAUAUUGUCCGGUGAAAAAAUGGAAACUUGGGAUUUGUGGCUUCUAUGAUAAGAAUAAAUGCCCAAGGGGGAUUCACUGUAAUUUUUUGCAUGUAUUUAAAAAUCCGCAGGGCCUUUAUUCCGAGGCAGAUAAUAAUGAGUUUGAAAACACGAAUCGUACAAGAAGUGACUCCGUAUUGUCUAUAAAUACAAAUAACACAAAACCGGUUCAACCUGCACCGUUAUCAGCGACUCAUAUUCAUCAGCGAGAUACGUAUCACCGCAGAAAACAUCACUACGAGCAUCAUUCUGACUAUUACUAUCGCCACCGGCGGAACAGAAGUCGCCCUAAAGAUCAUGACGAUAGCGAUGAGGAAAUAUAUAGUGAGAGAGACUGGGAUAAGAAGCGUGAUAAAAAUGAAAGAAACGGGAGGCGUAUUAAGGAAACUAAGAGACAAAGGGUAGAGGACAAGAAAAGAAGAAGCCGGAAAAAUGAAGAGGGGGAUAGAGUGGAUGAUAGAAAACGGAUUGGAGACAAAAGAAGUAAAGUUGAAAGCAGAGAACGAACAAGUGGGAAUUGUUUGUAUGACAAUAACAUAAGCAAGGACAACGCGUAUGCACUACGUUCACCUUCCCGUGCUUCUCAAUCGCCUUCGCAUCCACCGCGAUCGCCUUCGUAUACACUCCAAUCUCCUCGCACUCCACAUUCGCCUAGCUAG